CAGCAGCAGCAGCAGCAGCAGCAGCAGCAGCAGCAGCAGCAGCAGCAGCGGCGGCAGCGGCAGCAGCAGCGGCGGCAGCAGCACCAGCGGCAGCAGCAGCAGCGGCAGCAGCACAGGAGCCGCGGCCUCACCAGCCAAAGAUCCCCAGGACCAGCGUGA